AUGGCGGGAGUGCCGUGGGCUGGAAAGUUGCUUCCCACUGGCGAUACAGCUGCAAGUUGCCUCGCUGAGGUUUUACCCAGGCCUAUUACUCCAACCACUGUGCGAAAGUUUCAAAAUAACAAUCCAGCUCCUGGUGUUGAAAGAAUAUUCUACAGCAGAGCAGAUGAUCCUGACAUUGCAGCUCACUUGACACAUGGCAUAGAAAUGGACCGCUUAAGAAUGUCCUUACUAAGAGCAACUGGUUUCUUCAUAGACAGGGAUAAAGAUGUGUCAGCUGGAGAGCUUAUAAAUCCACCAAAAACUUUUGAGGAAGUGGAUAAAGAAUCCAGAGAAGAACAUGAUCUGUACAUUGUGUCACACAGUGAUUGUUAUGUGGGCCAAGCCAAAAACAGACAGACAGCAAAAAAAAAGAGACAACUAAAUGUGCUUAUUGACAGUAUAGCAGAAACUUUGAAUGUUCCCCCAGGCCAUAGAUUUGGAAUGUUACUCUGUCCAGAUGAAUAUGGAGUUGGUGAUCUUCUUCAUUGCCAGGUUCCAUGUGAGUUCCUCCAUGGUAAAGACAGAGAGAGAGCUGUCUUGUCUGCAGUUUGGCAAAGUUUGCAGAAAGCUAACUAUGAGAAUUUUGACAUGUUACUAGAAGCAUUCAGGCAUUAUGAUAAGAAUGAUGAUGGAAUGAUAGACAAGGGCAACCUGUGGAAGUCCUGCUUUCAGCUUAAUCUAAAUGUAGAUUAUGAGCUCCUGGAUUCCUUGUUUGACUAUUGUGAUUUGAAUAAAGAUGGUCUGAUUAAUUAUGUGGAGUUUGCAAACUUUCUUAACCGGAAAGACAAAAUGCUAUUAAAGGAGUUUGAAGAAAAAAUAAUUACAAAAAGGAAAAAACUACAUGCUCCUGUUCUGCCUGAAGACACAAAGACAAAUGAAGAGCCACUGCUGAAGCAGGAAGAUCUUGUGUUAAAGGAACCGAGAAGCUCAGAAAAGACACCAAAACCACUUACAAGAUCAACAGACCAUGUAUUUGCAAAUUAUCGAACAAUUUCUUCUCAGUAUAAUGCUGUAGUAGGCGGUUUCCCAACAACCUGUUAUCCAGUGUGUAGCAUUCCAACUAUUCAUUCAGAUAUUCCUGCUCCUCAAAUUCGCUGCAUCAGUGACAGAACUAAUUAUGGUGAUGAGGCCAAUGCUUAUGCAUUAUUGUUCCCUUCUGUCUUGAGUCAAAAGGGAGUGUAUGAAAGCGACUUUUUUAAAACAAGGCCAAAAGCAGAGAUUGCACAAAUUCUCCACAACAUUGGUGUGAACACUUCAGAUGAAAGGUUUGAAGAGAUACGGAAGCAAACCUGUAUGAAAUAUCAGAAAGAAGAGGUUUGUGUAGAAAGCAUCAGGAAUGUACUGGAUGAAAUACAUGUAUCGCACACAAAAAACAUUAGUUGCUAA